GAGACGGCAAUUGCAUGGGGAACGUGACUGGGGGAAAGCUGGAUUCGGUCGGAAUGUCCCGCGCCUUCUCCGGAAGGUAAUGUGAGGAGGAUGAAUGAAUGAAAGAUGUUGCGAAAGGGGAUGGGGUGUUGAGGGUGUGGGAGACGAUCAUCAUGGCGCUAGUACGUGAUGCUUCAUGGCAGGUAUCUUGGAGACUUCGGCAGUUGUUGUUUUGCGUGAAGGCUUGGUCUGGGACGAGAGAGAGAGAGAGAAAGAAGCACUGUGUCUUUGGAUGGAUUGUGUGUCUGCCAUAUGUACUGCCUGUUACCAACAAAGCAUCCCGUAUUCACAGCAUGCAUCUCUUUCACGAUAUGUUCGGUAUGCCUCACAGGACAAGCAAGCCCUUCACUCAAUGCCUCUUCAAAGAACCAGAUUCGUGAAAGAGGCAGAGCCAGAUGACCCGUCGUUGCGAACCCC